GUGUCUCAUAGUGAACUGUCAUGGCGCCGCCCGUCAACAAACAGAGGAUGAGAGCUUAAAGUGGCGCGCGGUUCUUUGCAUCCCUCGUGAGAGUCUUCAUCGUUGCCAGGACAACCGAAGGGGGCUGACCCCGGCCACGUGACAACUAACUACUCCGCCGCUGCUCUAUCUGUGUGUGUGUGUGAGAGAGAGAGUGUGAGUGUGUGUAUAUGUGUGUAUAUGUGUGUGUCGGCUGUCUUUCUCACAGUGUGGCUGUGGUCGGCCCGAGCACACAGCAGCAGCAGAGCCGUCUGGGAGGAAAACACCGACAGGUAGCUGAUAAAGAUGGAGCUCUCUGCGGUGGGAGAUCGAGUGUUCGCCGCUGAAGCCAUCCUGAAGCGCCGCGUCCGUAAGGCACGACUUGAAUACUUGGUAAAGUGGAAAGGAUGGGCAAUGAAGCACAGCACUUGGGAGCCCGAGGAGAACAUUCUGGAUGACAGGCUGAUUAUGGGCUUUGAGCAAAAGGAACGGGACAGGGAACUGCACGGGCCGAAGAAACGGGGACCAAAACCCAAAAACUUUGUCAUGAAGCAAGCCCGCGCUCAGAAAGUAGGAACCAGUGGCAGAGCCUCAAACGUCCGUCAGACCAAGCCCGGCUCUUCUGCGUCAACCUCCAGCCGAGCAACUCCUUCCUCCUCCUCCUCCUCCACCUCUGCAUCCGCCUCGCCUCACCCUUCAGCAUCCUCAUCCUCCGCUCCCCCUGCCCCCUUACCCACUCCUAAACUCAAUUCCCUUGCAGCCACCCACAAGCUGAAGAAAGACAUUCACCGCUGCCAUCGGAUGUCCAGGCGCCCUCUGCCCCGCACGGACCCCAUGGCGAACUCCUUCUCCAACCCCGGUGGCUUCCCCUCCCGCCCCCACGUCUCUCCCUUCUCCGAAACCGUCCGCAUCCUCAACCGCAGAGUCAAACCCCGGGAGGUCAAAAGGGGUCGGAUUAUCCUCAACUUGAAGGUGAUCGAUAAGGCCGGCCGGGGCGGUGGAGCUGCAGGCAGCAGGAGUAAUCAAGCAGGGCGCCAAAACAUCCCUUCACGCAACCGCAUCAUCGGGAAGAAGGGCGAAGCACCUUAUAGACCUUUCCAGCCUCCUAUGAAGAUGCUCGGGUUCCCCAUGUACGGGAAGCCAUUUGGGUUGCAGUGUGGGGGUCCCAUGUCCUUUCCCACCCGCCCAGGCUCCGGCUCCAGCACGGGGGCCAGGGACACCCGCUCCUCUCCCUCCCAGUACCAGACCCCUCCCUCUCCCUCCAGCUCCAGCGGCUCUGAAGGAAAAUCUCCCCGCAAGGCCUCCGCUGCAAAAUCUCAGGCGUCUGCAAGAGCUUCUCCUUCCACUGAAGCUCAGAAGUCCAGUACACCUUACACAGAGACUAAGACGGGCCAGAGCACCAAGCCACCUGCUCCCGCCCAAUCCUCAGAUGCUAACCCCGCAGCAUCAGGGUCUCCGUUCCUCCCCUCCUCACCCUCUUCCUCCUUGGGAGAUGAAGAAGAGGAGGGUGUCGUGGAUCAUUCAGAUGGAGGCAGAAGGAAUCCUCGCCAACUCAAGGCGAAGCACCAUCCGCCCGCCGCCCCUUCUUCUGCUACCCCUGCAGACCAGAGCUCCACCCCAACCGAACCCAAGAGGGUUCCCGCUGAGGGAGACCCUGACUGGCACCCUGAAAUGGCCCCGAGCUGCAAGGACGUGGUGGUCACCGACGUCACCACCAACCUCGUGACCGUCACCAUAAAGGAGUUCCCUUCUCCUGCCUCUUGCCCGGCCUCGCCCUCCGCUAGCCCCGAGGAAGCCUCCUCCCCGGCCCCCAACGCCACCUCCGAUGACUCCUCUCCCCCCAAGCCAUAGGAGAUCAGAUGUCGAGGAGUCGAUCGCCAUUGAUGAUGAAGAGAUAUUUGACCUUGCCCCCCCCUCGCACCUUUCUCUGAGAAGGUGUGUGCAUAUUUGUCAAAUGAGAUGUAACUUAAAGCCGCCCAGCCAUUGAAUAAUACGGAAGAGCAUAUUUUUUUUAAGAAUUGUGUAAAUUUGAAAAAGGGGGCAGCUAAUACGCCCUUUAUGUCACUUAAAUUGCCAUAUGUUGUCCACUUGCACAGCACUGACUCCUUUAAAGCAGCCCUGAGUAGAUGCAGUGUUUGCUUUCUUUCACCUGCUUCAGACACGCUGAGUUUGGCGCAGCAAGUCCCCAAAAAGUAGAACAGCCCCCUCUCGUGUGUCGGCUGAUCGCGCUCUGUGCACGUGAAAGAAACAAACCCUGCGUCAGAUUCAGACCCUGCGGUGAAGGCUGUUCUCGACAGCCUUCUGGUGUUUUGCCAAUUUCCUGCCCUCUUGUCUCUUUGGAGGUCCAGCUUGUUAACGAUAAAUGAGGUGAUGUGUUUUUGCACUUAACACAGUUGGACUCUCAUAUAUUGCAUCAAUACAGCGAGGUAAAUGCAAUGCACUUGACUGCAUCAAAAAAAAAAAACGACCUAUGUUAUGUAGUUCAUCAAUUUUUCAAGGCCUUUUUCCUCUUGCUCUCUUGAACGCACAUGCAUAUACAUACGGUAUGAGUAAGUAUUUAUAUGCACGCACAACCUUACAAGCUGCAAAAGAAUAUAACGACAGUAGUUUAAGUUAUUGCUGUUCUUACCGUCUUUCUCUGCUUGCCUUGUUUUCUCACAAAACCCACCGCCGCUGUCUCUGACUCUGUGACGUCCUCUAAGACUCUAAACUGUCCCGCGGUGAGUUGUGAGAUUUUCUGUCCAUGCCAGAUAACAUCUCAACUUGUCAAGGUCUGGAUCAGGGGUGUCAAACUCAAGUCAGUUCAGGGGCCACAUAGAGCCCGAGUUGAUCUGAAUUGGGCCGGACCAGUAAAAUCACAACAUAAUAACCCGAUAAAUAACGACGGCUCCAAAUUGUUCCCUUUGUUUUAGAGCAAAAAAGUACAUUCUAAAAAUGUUCACAUUUAAUGAGCUAUCUUUUUACAAAAACAGCUAUUGUAUUUUUCGCCAUGAUGAGUCUCUCAUAUCCCUUUUCGACCGAGGCGGUUUCAGGGACGGUUCAGAGCUAGCGCUCAAUCUAGAACCAUUUUUUCGUGUUUCAACUGUGCGUGAACCAGCUACUGGCCGGGAAAACCAGUUCCAGAGCGGCUCCAACUCUUUGCUGGCCAAGAACUGGAACUGCGCACGUCAGGGACGAGGGGCAGGGUUGCCGUGGUCAAAAACACAAACCAAACGUGUUUCCGCCCAUUGUCCUACAGCAAAACAUUUUUAAAAACUAAUUGAUUCCAAAGCGCAAAGCAGUGGUCGCACAACGAGACAAGCUGCCGCUGUCCGCCAUCGUUGUUGUUGUGAGGGAAAGUUUGCGCUAGCGCUGCUGGGAAAAGCGCUCACGUAAAUCUGAUGUCAUGACGUGUCUCUUCCACUUGCUUGAGCGGGUGCAAAAACAACGGGUGCUGCUCUGGUUUGCGAGUUCAUCCAGCUCUGAACCAGCGCGAGCACCAACCCGAAAAUACAACCCGGUCGAAAAGAGGUACUAGUGCAGCCGAGUAUGAUAUUCUUUAAGGACUGAAAACUGCUGCGAACACAGGUUUCCCAGUCACCAUACACAGUAGUGCUAGUGUUAGCAGUGUAGGAGCUCACUUAUGACGCACCCACAUGUAUGGCACAUGCAUGAUAUGAGGCCCCUUGCGAAAAUAGUGGAUCCGCCGCUUAAACUUUCAUGUUGAUUGGAUCUUGAAGUGCUCUAAAAAGUCUUAUGAAAUUCAACCAGAUUAUGCAAACUGCCAAUAUUCUAUUUCCUCACUAUGAGAAAAAAAAGUCCUGGGGCGCCAUUCAGGUGCACUCCGUCAGCCGUUUGAUUGUAUGCGCCCCCUAGAAGACAAAUUUGAAAUAGCAGUUACAAAUUGUGCAAAGCGCCUAGCAGCGUAAUAACGCCGACGAAGUAAAAAGGCUGCCGCUCAUUAAUGACAAUGUAUACGUUCUGACAUUAGAUGCACUUGCAUUGGUGAUUAAAAAACAUGUGUUAUUAGAAACUCUGCAGUCUCUCUUUGUAAGAACAUGAUGAGCUGUGGAGAGUGUCAGAGGAGUGAAACAAGCAGGAACACAGCCUCAGCUCUUUACAAGAAGUUACACUUAUUAACUGCGCUUUCAAAAACGUCACAGUUGAGCUUCAUUUAAUUCAACAACAGCAGCUUUAUCGUUGAACACCACCAGAUUCCUAAAUGUUACAAAUUUUUCACUUUGCGAAGUCAUCCCGCGCGCCGUAUGUUUGACACCCCUGGUCUAGAAGGUCCAUCAUAUGAACACAGUUCAGGCUGAAACAAACAAAUGCAGCUAAAAAUAGAAGUUUGUUUGAACCCUUGAGCGGCUUGGCACGGGUUUGAAGGUUGUUCUCUUAAAAAUCAAGCGUGGCUGGGGAGUUUGUCUGUUUACCUUCCUCGUGUAAACUUCUUCACACCCUGUUGUGUUCCUUUUUGAGUUUCAGAUCGAGCUAAUUAUUUUCUUAAGUUUUAAGAGAAGCAGUUUUUGUAGCACAGGUCAGUCUUCAGCUAUCCAUAGGGCCCGAGACUGUGACACGAAAUUGAGGACAGCGUUGUCACAAACUGUGUUAAGCAUAGUGACACUUUACUCUACCAGUUCGUUUAAGGUAUGUCAUACACAGAAGUGAAGUUGGAGUUUUGAGGAAAGUCAUUUUUUUGCAGCUACAGAAGAUUGUUGAAGAAGACGUGUUUGCCUCAUUACAGCGUGACCUCCAGCAGGCACUGGGUCGGUUUGUAGCCUACUAUGAAGUGUUCGGUAUAUGGGUCAGUGACUCAAAGUCUGAGGUCGUGGUUCUCUGCAGGUUACGGCCUCAAGCCGAGGAGGUCAAGUAUCUAGGGAGUUCAGGAGUGGGGGUAAAACGGAUCAUGAGAUAAACAGACGGGCGGGUGCAGACGAGGAGGGAGCUGAUCCAGAAGGCAAAAUUGUACAAGUUUCAGCAGUCAAUGUUUCCGCCCUCAUUCAUGGUCGCAGGCUUUGACUAGUAAGGAGAAAAUGGGAUCACAGAUACAAGCGACAAAUUGAGUUUCCUCUCAGCCCUCUGGGUCUGGGGGGGAAGAACUCUAAAAGGAGUCUCGAGUGAAGCCGCUGCUCCUUUUGCAUUGAAAGGGGGGCCAGCUGAGGUAACUUGUGCAUUUAAUGGACAUUAUCUUUGAAAGUGUCUCGGGCAUGUCCCACUGAGAGGAGACCUUGAGACGACCCGAAGCCGCUCCAGGGAUUGUAAAUCUUAUUUGGCUUGGAAAGACCGGGGGAUUUUCCGGGAGGAGCUGGAAAUCAUUGCAUGGGAGCGGACAUGAGGGCUGAUGAUAAGCAGAAGAAAACUAAGGAAAGAAGACCUUUUCCUCAAAGUCUCAUUCUUGUCCCCACUUCAGCUGCUCUCUGAGCUUCACAUCAUGAGUGGUAGUGAAUUCUAAUGAAGCCUCUAUCUGAAGGAAAGGUGUGACUGCUUUCAGUAGCUCUGCAGAUGAUUUUGUAGCAGUUGGUGAGUGACAGCAGACAUUCUUCCGCCUCUGCUCUCAGCUUUUGUGAAAGUGUUUAUCCUGCUGGAAAACAAACUCUGCAGAUAUAACACCUUAUUGUGAGGCCUGCCUAAAUGUACGAUAGUCCACCAUUCAAGCUGCUGCCAGUUGUCUCCUCCUCCCCUUUAGUGAUAACAUACAGAUCUGCCUUUUUCUGAUGGUCAGCCAAUGUCUGUAGCAGUGCUGCUCGCAGCAUGACACUGUGUCCUGUUUCUUUGAUCUUUGUUGCAAGUUCCCAUCGAGCCAACUCACUGCAACAAAAUAGAGAGGUGUUUUUUAAAAGUUGAGGCUAAUUCAGUUCCACUUUAACCCUCUUUGCAUCAAGUUUUAGCCAGGCCAUGAAGUCACAAAGAGAGAACCGUCCCUGUCCACCCAAGUCUUACGGACAAAUUCCACCAGAUCUGUGUCCGAUCCACCUGCGAUCCAUCACAGCACCGGAUCUGAUAGGUUUCGAUUCUAGUCAAUGUGUUAACUUCCACUGGAUCCACUCCAUUGCGUUCGGGCUGCGUCUCUGAUCCGGCAGGUCGGAACGCAACGGAUCAGAUACGCAAGACUACGCAUGACGCAUCAAUCUAAACAGAGCAGAUGGAGCGGGACAGGAAGUCAGGCACCAAAACAAAAUUAAAACAUCUGGUUUAUUUUCAGAAUAAAACACUCUGUGUUAUCACCAGAUCAUAUUUCACUUAACUACAACAACAAACCGUCAUGAUGAGCGGAGCCAGGCCUGGAGUCAACAGGUCAGAGGUUUUCAGAGGACCAGAAAGACAACAUGGAUGAGGAGAGGAGGAGGAGAAUCCCUGAUUCAGUGAUUACCACGGAAAAACCUAGGUCACAUGUCUCCGGCUGUCCGGCGGUCCUGCUCUGUGCUGCGUUCCCAAAACGCAACCAUUGGGUGUUGACGGACGAGAGAGCAUGGAGCCGGACUGCAGCAGAUUGGAGACGGACUGGACACAGCUCUGGUGGAAGUCCCGUGUCAGUAUGUGAGGCGAUGUCCUGCUUUGACCUCGCUGUUUCAAGUCACUCUUCAGCACAUGCAAUUCACUCCCGAUUAGACCUUAGGAUUCCUCUUUAAAGCCAUUUCUGUAUAUGAAUGCAGAUUCUGUGGCCUUGGUUGUUUUUGAUCUCUAAAAAGCAGCCCUGGAACAAGAACCCAACAGCUAUCCAAUGAUAAUGAAGCUCUUUAGUCACCUCAGAUGACAGAUGAGAGCAUAAACUGAUUGUUGAAGUAGGCUCUGAACUCCUUUCUUGCCUCUUGAGUUGCUCUGAAAAGUAAAAAUCAAAGGAGAACAGAAGAGGAAGUCUUGGCCUGGAUUUCUUUCCUCAGUGAGCCGGUGUCUGAUUGCAACACCAGAAGCCUCGAGUAAAUUGCCCUCAAGACGUGGAGAGCCAGCGGGUUGGAAGUCGGAAACUAAACUGUAAUAAAAAUCCUCUCUUGCUGCUGGUUUCAGUCUCAGACUGCCUCCAGACAGAUUAUAUAUUAUCUGUUCCUGGUUGAUAUAUCUCCUGUUUACUUCUCCAGACACGUUAUAAGGUUACCAUCAAUAAGAAGUGUCUUUUGUUACAGUGUUGUUUCCUGCUUUGCUGCUUUUACGUCUCACCUUGGCAAAAGAAACCUUUAAGUUUGUGCUUCUGACUGGACAGUGAAGGAUGUUGGCACCGUUUUUUUCCUCUGUUUAAAAGUAUAAGAGUCUUUCAGAGUCAUCGUGUUGCAGUCAGAAAGCGUGUUGAGCAAUCUGAUGGUUAGAUUAAACUCAGUCUCAUGAAGUGCGGACGUGUUCUGGACUCUGAACAGCUGCUGAGCGUCUUCACUGUCGGAUGUUUAUAAUCGCCUAAAAGCUUCAAAGUGUUCGAAUAUUUCAGCCUUCAUGUGCGUCUGAAGGACUUCGAAGAAACGUAGCCCUUUAUACACAAACUCUAAACCUUACCCUGGUGCUGCCCGCUCCGUGUACACCUCUCCACUCUUUGGUUCUCUCUCCCAUAUGCACCUGUGUGUUACAGUAUUUAAGAAUCUUCCGCAUGUGUUGCCUUAUAGCUGCUCCACUCCGCUCUGCUCCACCCCGGCUGCACUCAAGGCGACCUUGACCUCGUCUUGCUCAGCUUCAACAAGAAAUCAAACCUUCCUCACUUGCCGUGACUGCAAUGGUUAAAGAAGAAACACGACGUUGUUGAUACUAACAGUAGUAUCCUGGUUGGGCUUGUGAUGUCCCAUUUUCCACAGCUGUCUCUGUCAUUCUUCUCACAGAUGAGGGAGAUGUCGCCUCCUCUCCUCUCCUCUCCUGUCCUGUCCUGUCCUGUCCUGUACUGGAUGGUUCUUCUAGUUGUUGUCAAUACUGUUUCAAUACUCUCAUAGGUUACUCAUGGAAAGAUUUAUUCCAAAGUGACGCAUCCAUUAAAGGAAAGAAAGUGACCAUUCAAAUGUAAAGUCCUGGGCCGAUAUGCACGUCCAGCCAUUACACAAACGCGACCAUUUGUCUUAUAGCCCUUUUCCACCGGCCUGUCUUGGUCCUACUCUACUUGGUUUAUGUUGCGUUUCCACGGGCGCGGUACCUCGUGUCAGAUACCAGUUUUCGGUACCUGCUCUGCUCUGGUUCCAAGCGAGCUGAGCCGAUACUAAAAGGUGACGUUGACAGACUGCCGGCCACUGAUUGGUCAGAGAAUGUUGUCACCAAAGAGUCGUGAGCGCGACGCCCAACACAACGCAGUUUCAAGCAGCUGUGUUAUGACGACCCCGCCCACCGUGAGUCAGUACUCGGGCUGGUGGAAAAGGUAGCCAAACCGAGUCGAGUCGAGUAGGGCUGCAACUGUGUAGUGGAAAAGGGCCAUUAACGUACGAUCAUGGAACGGCCCAUUUGGCCACAGCGUUAGCCGCAUGCACGACUGCAAAUAAUUGGCCAAUUAAUGAAUUGCACCAUGAAAGCAAGGCUGGUGCAAAACGUCAUAUGUCCGGGGAACCUCCUGGAAAACCCCUGUCCAACAAAUUUGAAUUGUGCAUGCCUACUAUGCAUAAACAACAAUAAACAUGGCGAGCGGUGACCGAUGUGACUGAGAGAAGAUCAAGAAAAAACGAUUUUCAGAACAUAGAAUGAACAAACAGCUGUUGUCAGCAAGUCAAUCGUCAAAGAUCACAAAUAAGGAGAAAGGGAAAGUUUGGCUUAAGAUCUUAAACCGCCUAACAGGUGAGGUAAUCCUGCUGUUAGCACCUGUAACUGUGGGGUCUACCGCCAUUGAAUGUAAUGCUUUGUUGGGGCGUUAACCUGGCUCAUGCAUACCGCUAAUCAACUUUCUUUUCACCAUUUGACAUAGUGUGGUCUAGACCUCCUAUGUUUGUAAAAGCGUCCUGAGAUAACGUUUGUUGUGAUUUGGUGCUAAACAAAUAAAGAUUGAUUGAUUGAUUGAUUGAUUGAUUGAUUGAUUGAUUGAUUAGUACAAAGGGCCCCUUUUCAUUGCUAAUGACUGGACGUGCAUACGGGCCCCGAACAAGACCGGAUUCUUUAUAUUUUCUAAAUCCUCCUGAAUGGAUGAAAAGUGUUGGAAUAGGUUUUUCCAUCUCCUGUAUCUUUAAUAUUUAAGUGGUGGAUAGCAGUGACUCUUGCAGUUGGUAGAUGUGUGAGGUAUUAGGCUGUUAGGCAGCGUGUCCAACAGUUGAUAGCAAUGUUUUUCUCUUUGGUUCUCAUAUGGGGUAGCACAACUCAACUUAGUGGCCUAUCUUUCAACCAAAUAGGGCUCUUGAUUUUAUUAUUUGACUUUUUAAAACCUUAUUUUUUUUGGAUUGUUUGACAUUUGAUAUGUAAUAUAAUUUGAAGUGCUGGAUUUAUUUGGCACUAAGGAAAAAACAGAAGGAUCCUCAUUUCAGUGUUUUGAAAAAGAUGCUUCAUGAAUUGAGAAUUGUGCUUUUUAAGGCUUCUGUUCCUUUGUACUGUACUUUAAUACUUUUUUUUUAAAUAUGCAUAAUGAUGUUGAUAUGAUGCUGUCAUUUGAACGCCAUUUUUAAGAAGUCCAUAAUGGGUUUGAUUAAAAGGCAAACUGAUUUUAAUGUGUCAAGACUGCAGUUAGCUCUGCUUUCAUGCUAAUAUGAAUUAUGUACAUUGUAUUGAUGGUCAUGACGAGGAGUCGGAGGAUAAUAAUGAUGAUGUUGUAAUGUAUCUGAACUUCUGAAGCAUGUUUUGCAAACCCUUAUUGUACAGAUUAUGUAUUCAGUGUCAUGUUACCUGUUACUGUUGUUGCUUUCUGUGUGUUUCUUGUACAAGGCUUUUAAUUAAAAGCUCCAAAAGCA